AUGACUUGGUUUGUCGUGACUUUGCCCGACUCAACGCAAGAAUUCGAGUUACCCGACAAGUCCAAAGGGCAAGAUUUACUCGAUGCGGUAAGUAUGGCUAACCUUAAACCCCUUUCCCGUUUUUAUUUAUUCAAAAUUUAACCUUGUUUUAUACUUUUCACUUCUCCAGGUUUGCGAGAAGCUAGAAGUCAUCGAACAGGAUUAUUUUGGCUUGCAAUACAAUGGCCCGAAAGGCGAAAAGCUUUGGUUGAACAGACGAAACAAAAUUGGUCGCCAGUUGCCUGGCUCUCAACCUUACAGAUUGCGUUUUCGCAUGAAAUUCUUUGUUCAACCUCAUUUACUGGUCGAAGACAACACAAAGUAAGUGUAUAAAUAUAUUUUUUCUUUGUGUAAAUGUGAAAAUGUUUCGGUUUAUACAAAUGAGUGUUUGGCUCUGUCGUCGUCAUGCAUUUUCGCGGGCGAUUUCCGACCAAAACAAUAGCUUAUACAAAUAUAUACUGAAUAUUUUUCCUCAAUUUUACAGGCAUUACUGCUUCCUAACAUGCAAAAAAGACUUCGAAGACUGCCCUACAGCUCACAACGAUGAACAGGCAACGCGAAUACAUGCAUUGAUUUUACAGGCAACGUUUGGCGAUUAUGAUCGUGCCAGCUAUUUACGGCAUUCUCGCCAGAAUUGGUCGUCCGAAUUUUCACACGCAGUAGCGGAUCACUACAAAAAAUUAGCAGGAAUGAAAACAUCGUCGGCUGAAUACAAGUGCUUGAAAGAGUUCUUCUCUUUGGAGGACUUUGGCUACGAAUAUCACAGCGUUAAAACGGACGACAACGCGGUACAUUCUGUUGCUGUCGGCCGCGAAGGGCUUCGAUUCUGCGACGAAACUGGCUCGGUGAUUAGAAGGUAAUAUAUAAAUAAACAUUGCUAGUGUUUCGGUUUUUCCGUUCUAAAAAUUUAGCCUUAAGAAGCACUUUUUUACGAAAUCAUUCGUCAUGUGAUUUUCCGGUUGAAGAACGAUAGACAUAAAAAUGCAAAGUAGGCAAAUUCCAUGCUGAAAAAUUAAAAUUGCCACAAGAUUUUUGACAGACUUUCCUUGUUUUUGCAUAUGUCUUGAGGGAUACUACCUGUAAUAGUGGUUUUGUAUCCCAGAUUGCUUUCUAAAUGGAAAAACGGGCUGACAUUUUCUUCAAAUCUCGAGAUUUUAAUCCAUUUCAAUUUGAUAAAUGCAAAAUACACAGCUUCGCAGUAUGACGUCUAUCUAUACAGUUAUGUCGCAAUUUAGAAUUUUUCGUGGUCGCCGAAUGUGUAACAUUAGACCAAAUUUUCGGGUUAUUUCUGCUGUAAUAUAUUCUCCUCUUUGCCGCAUGCACAACAUUCGUCGAUUUCACACUUGCAAAUUAAAAAAAAAUGCUCACAAAAACACUUGAUAUUUGCAUCACGAGCCAACUAUUAAUUUGAAUAUAAGCAUUGUCUCACAAUUUGCGAAGCAAAUAAUUCCCAUCUGUAAAAAAAGUCCCAAAAAGUUGCUAGCGUAUGCAAAAGCAGUAUCUAUUCUUUGCCAAAAUUGUUUUGUUUGCAAGAUUUAGAAUUGGCAAAGAUGCCAAUAUUUUUUUGUCGGCGUAUCAAAGCGAUUCGAGAUGCUUUAUAUGGAGAUUCCUUGUACAUAUAAUUUUAUGUUUGGAUUACAAUUUUUUUCUUUUAAGUACAAGCAAGGCUUGCAAGUAUCAAAUAACGUUAGUGACUUAAUGGUAUUUUAACAUUUUUGGUUUUCGUGCGCCCAAAAGACUAAUAUCUCAAACCGCAAAAGAAUAGUUUAUUUUCGUGACUGCUUGACAGCAUACAUCAAUAUUAUUAAUAGAUAGAUACCUUUUCAUUCCGCAUACAUUAAAAGUGCUUUGUUGGAAAAGUUUCAAGAGUGUCUAAUUUCCCCUAUAAACCACAGAACACCAAAUGUUUGUACAACAGUAUGUCUUUCAUAGGUAUUUUAAAGCCAAUUUUAUUUUAUCUUUGGUUUCCAAAUGCAAUGAUGAAUAUAAUCAGUUUAAUUUUUUUUACCACUUAUCUUUAAUGUUUGUUGAAUUAUACUGUCCCUCCCCUGGUCCAUGUGGUGAGUCCCUCCCCUGGUCCAUAGUGAUAGCCCUUCCCUGACCAAUGUCCCCACUGAAGCAAAAAUAGAACCCCCCACCCCAUCCUUUAACAUGUCACACUUACAACACUGAUGAAAAUUAGCUUAAAUGCAUCUGAGCAUUAAUUAAGAGGAAGGACAAUUGAAAUCAUUAGAGGAACUAAAUUGUUAAAAAUCGUGAAUCUAGCAUGCAACCAACCCUCAACUCUAACCCCCUCAUCCUAACCAAAACUCAACCACCAUGAAAUCGCAAACUGUUAAACAAACUACAUAAUAAUAUAUAAGACCCACUUGCAGCCUGAAAUUUCAAAAGUGGAAAUAAUUUCCUAAAUUACAGGCUGCAUGCAGGUUAGUUAUUGCACAUUGCAUUUCAUCAUUUUCAGUAUGAAAUUUGACAUACAAUUAGAUGAUUAUAGUAAACACUUGAGGCUAUUGUCUACAUCUGCCUAACACAGACAAUAUUCAUAACAGGCAUGUGUAUUGGUCAUGGGUAUUGCUAAGAUGUAUAUAUAGAAAUGUCAGGAUCAAUGAUUACCAAAAGUCGUUGUUUUCAAGUUCAAGUUCAUCUCAAAUGACGAUUAUGAAUAAUUAGAAUGAGCCUCCAAGGUCAUUUCAUAAAUUGCAUAUUUCAGUUUAAAAUUAGCCAUUCUUUAAUUACGUGUAGAUUUCAAUUUAAGCCGUUGGACAAGAAACUACAUAUAAUCCCCAGCACCCAACAGAAAAUGACAGUAAAAUAAUUUGUAAAACCUUUGAACCCAGCAAUAAUGAGAUAUAUGCACAUAAUAUGCAAUUAACCCAAUGGAAAAUUUGUAGUUUCUGUCAAGCAAACUUGUAUCUUCUAUAGAAUGAAAUAAUGAUUCAACCCCAUUAUCAACCCACCACUUUCUACUUCAUAAGUAGAAUUUUAUCCAGAAUAUAAGCAACCAGGGUUCCCACUAGAAUUGUGAAUAGGAUGCAACUUUUUAUCAUUAUAAUUCUAGCUGUUUAUAACCCAUUAUUCUCUGAACAAAAAAUCUAACAGUUCACUCUCUUCCAUUACUCUAGAGUGGCUUACAGUGCUCUGAACAAGGCCUGGAGGGAGAACAGGUGCUUUGCGUUAGUGAUAACGAACGACGAUGGAACACUACACGAAUACGACCUACGAGUUACAACCGCCGAAGCGUGCAUCCAGUUAUUCAGAUCAGUGACAGAAUCCCAUUCAUUCUUCGGAUGCGAGACUGUGAACUCAACAGUAAGGAACCAGUACACCAGAGACUUUAAAGAUUCAAUAAUCUCAUUCUUUAGUGAAGAGACGUCAGAAAAACUAUACACCUUUGACGUUGAUAAAACAGUUAUCGAAGUACAUGACCACAUCCGACGAGUUUUAUACAGAGAACAACAGAAUUCAUCAGAUUUUGAAGAAAUUCCAAGCACAACAGAUUGCGAGACAAAUUCAACAGAAUGCGGACAGAAUGUUGGUUUAUUACGACAAAAACUUGACAAUAUCCAGCAGGCAUUCCUAUGCAAGAUCUGUAUGGAUGCGAAGAUCGACACAGUUUUAAUACCCUGCGGACAUUGGGUUUGCUGCAGAGUUUGUGGUUCAAAUAUCGACAAGUGUCCGUUGUGUAGAACUGAUAUUACCCUGCAACAAAGAGUGUACAUGGACCUGCCAGGGAUCUUUGAUGCCAAGGCAAGGGACGACGCUGAUUCACAGGAAGAAAUGAACAUUGAUGCAUCACAUAGCAGAUAA